UCCACUCAUUGUAUGCAUAUGUUUUAUACGAGUCUGUAGAAGAAUAUCAUUUGUACGUUAAACGGGGAGUUAUUCGUAAGUGAGAUAUCAAAAUAUUUACUUAACUUUUUGUUAACAGUGGAUAAAAACAAUAGUUAAAGCCUUCAUGAACUUAGAAUAAGAAAAAUAAAAUAAUGGUUGUUUAUUAUUUCUUUCAUAGGUAGGUUUUCAAUAUAUCGUGAUGGGAAAGAAAGACAAAAAAGUAAAAAAGGAGGUAUUUCCUCCAAUAUGUGACAAACAUCCAAAGUAUACAGUAGACUUGUUUUGUGUGGAUUGUGACAAAGUGAUCUGUGUUAUUUGUCAAGCUACAGAGCAUAAUUCGGGCAAUCAUAAAAGGAUACUUACAAUUGAAAAAGCAUCUACUGACUGCGUUAAAACUGAGGAGUUUGAAGACAGACUUAAUACCGUUAUCACGCGUGCAGAUGAAACAUUGGCAGAAAAUAACGAAGUGAAUGAAACAACAAAUCACUUAAAAGAAGAAACAGAAUCUUUGAUUAACAAGCAUAAACAGGAAUUGAUCGAUCUGAUUGAGACACAUCACAAAAUAUUAUAUGAGAAGAAUCAAGUCAGGUACGAACAAUCCAAGAAAAGAUUACAAAGUGUGAAUAAGCAAUUGUGCAUAAAUAAGAAUAAAGCUGCAGAGAUUCGCCAGGAAAUAAAAGCAAAAAAAGAGAGUGGACAAAACGUGGCAUUAUUUAUAGCUUUGAAACAAUCACAAGAUAAUUUACAGCAAAUUGAAAUGGAGCUAGAAGAAAUUGAAAAAUCAAAUUUUGUUGAAAGGUAUGAGUUUCAAGCAGGACACGUGGUGGGACAGCUUUUGAAGGAAGAGAAAGAAUUUGGUGAUUUGUUAGUAAUGGCGUCCGCGUCAACCAAAGAACCGCCACGUGAAUUAAAACAUCGUGGUGUUUUUGUGUUACCUCGUCAGAGCAGUACCACAGGACAAGCAGCAGUGGCAGAUGAAGAUGAACAUGAUGAUUACGAAAAUGUUGAAAAAUCUGCCGGAAAUGGAUCAGACACUGAUCAGAGUACUCAACAAGAACCUCCUCCGCGCAGUGAUUCUACUCAGUCCCUGAAUACAGUUUUCACUGAAGAAACAAACAAACCAGGUACAUUGUAUGUAUUGAUAGUUAAAAUUCAAGCACAGAUAUGCUCAGAUGUAAAACAUCUAUUUUCCGUCGUCCAAGGCGUUGUUCGUCACACGUUCAACGUCGUUAUCUUAAAAACUUUCUCCCAAACCACGGAGUAGAUAUUUCCGAUUUUUACAUAAUAUUAUAAAUGACAAUUAGAUAGCCUAAUUCAUAUUUCUAGUUCAACGCUCAAAAAGGUCAAAGAAGCUAGAUAUAUCUUAAAACUGGGCUGUUGGAA